AUGAGGGCACACGAUAUUUGCAAGGCGGCGGUGCCAGUAUUGACGGUCAGGCCUACCAUGGCGUUGCGCGUUGCCCAGUUCAACAUCCUCGGGCGCAGAAUGGCAGGCACCAUGUGGUUCCACUAUGCGCGAGACUUCUUGCCGAAGUACUUCGCGAACAGCUGCCGCGGCCUCAGACGGGCCUCAUGCUACCAUUCAUUCACUCGGCUCGCUGCGAAGUGCGUUGCAGAUUACCGUAGUCGGCGACUGGCCAUGAAGCUGAAUUUGCCGCUGGACGUGGCGCGUCUCCACGAGGAGACGCCUCUUGUGCCGUCGGAGCACCUGUCGGAGCACCUCGGCGCCGAGGUGUUCCUGAAAAUGGACUGCUGGCAGCGCCCAGGCUCGUUCAAGAUACGCGGCAUUGGGAGGACGGUCGGGCUGGCCGUGGCUGCCGGCGCCCAGCACGUAGUCACCUCCAGCGGUGGCAACGCGGGCCUGGCCGCCGCGUACGCCGCGAAGCGCCUCGGGGUUCCCGCCACGGUGGUGCUGCCUUCCACGACGCCCGCCGCCGUCCAUGAGCGGUUGCGGCGCUACGGUGCAGAAGUGGUGGUCCAUGGCGACGUGUGGGACGAGGCGGACGUGCGAGCUCAGCAGCUCGUGGAAGAGCUCAAGGGCUCGUACGUGCAUCCUUUCGAUCAGCCGUCGACGUGGGAGGGGCACGCUUCCCUUGUGGAGGAGCUCGCGCGGCAGCUGCCUCGGCCACCCGAUGCCAUAGUCACUUGUGUCGGAGGCGGCGGCCUGCUCAUGGGCAUCCUGCAGGGCCUGUCGGCUGCUGGCUGGCUUGACACAACGCGCGUGGUGUUUGGUGAGACCCAAGGCGCUUCGUCUAUGUCGCAGUCCCUCGCCGCCGGGGAGCUGGUGACACUGCCUUCCAUCGAUUCGGUGGCGAAGUCGCUCGGGGCGAAGCGGGUCAGUCGCGCGGCCUUCGACCGCUGCGUGGAGCUGGGGCCCGCUCGCGUGCUGCCCGCCGUCACCACGGACGCGGCCGCCGUCGCCGCGUGCCUCAAGCUGGCCGAGCACCACCGCGCGCUGGUGGAACCCGCCUGUGGCGCGGCCCUGGCCGCGGUCACCGAGCGCAGCGCGGCCCUGGCCGGCUGCAGGACCGUGGUGGUCGAGGUGUGCGGCGGCGCGAUCGUCGACGUCCCUUCGCUGAACGCGUGGGCAAGAGACCUGGGGCUGUAG